AGAGUUUGGUAGUGGAGAUUAGGUCUGUUAACUAGUGGUUGCCCUUAAUUUUGUUCACAGGCCAUGACAUACCCACUGACAGACUCUGUCCUCAAUUAAAGAUGCGAAGAGUCAGAGUCUACCUACUGCCGAAACUUAUUUAAGGCUGGGGAAUGGUUGCUGCUUUAUUACAUGGUCCAGUGAAGGCUAAUGGUAGUAUUGGGAGAAACUGGAGUGCCUGGAGGAAACGUGGAGCAGACAGACUGCAGUAACCAGCAGGUGCCAUGUUCCGGAACUUGAGCAUCCAGUGUAGAAAUCUGGGUCUCUUGUAUCCUCUUCAAAGCCAACACUGUCAUACUGGUGUGCAGUCAACAGGAGAGAUUUUGAAGGGUACCUGGUACCCUCCACACCAAUACCACAGCAAUAGCCAUGAAGAAGGACUACACACAUCUUCAACAUUACCACUGGAUGACGUCCCACCAAAGAAUGCCAAAGUGGUCGUGUGUGGGGGUGGAAUGGUUGGCACCUCAGUACUUUAUCAUCUGGCUAUGCUUGGAUGGGGUGCAGACACUGUUAUGCUAGAGCAAGGAAGAAUUGGUGGAACAUCCUCUUGGAGGGGAUCUGGCUUUCUUGGUGGUGUAAAACUUAUCAAACCAGAAAUGAAUGUAUUGCAGUCAAGUAAAAGACUAGCACAAGAACUAGCUGAAGCUGGACAUGACACAGGGUGGAAACAAAGUGGAGGACUUCAUCUUGCUCGUGCCCGUGACAGAAUGACACACUUUCGUAAAAUGAAGGCCAUUGCAGAGGCCAGAGGGACAGAAUGUUACAUGCUGACACCAAAGGAAGUGUCUGAAAAAUGUGAAAUCCUUAACACAUCAGACAUUGUGGGUGCAUUAUGGGUUCCUGAAGAUGGUGUGUGUGACUCUUAUAAACUUACAUAUACCCUUCUAAAACUAGCUCUAGAAAAAGGUUCUCACGUGGUGGAGGAAUGUCAGCUGUCUCGCGUGGUAGUCCAUGAUCAUCAUCGUGUAGUUGCCGUGGAGACCAGCAAGGGGAUGAUAGAAUGUGACUACAUUGUAAACACUGGUGGCUUGUGGGCAAGAAAAAUUGGCCAGAUGUCAGAACCUCAUGUUAAAGUGCCAGUUCAUCCAGCUGAACAUUAUUUUCUUUACACUCAACCACUGGACGAAAUCAACCCAAUGAUGCCAGCUGUAAGAGAUCCAGAUGCAAAUAUUUACAUGAGAGAAUUCAACGGAGGAUUUCUUUGUGGAGGAUUUGAAAAAUGGGCCAAACCAUCAUUUGAACGAGAGGAUCUUCCAGGUCAGUUGCAGGAGCGGGAUCAACUUGAGGACUGGGAUCAUUUCCAUGUCUUACUGAAGGAGAUGCUACAUCGAGCACCAAUAAUGAAGAAUUCUGUUCUUGGCCGACUAAGUAAUACUUCAUGUGCAUUUUCGAUGGAUCACAGAUGGAUCAUUGGAAUGGUGCCUGAGCUUACAAACUACUUGGUGGCUGCUGGGCUGAGAAGUGGUGGUAGCAGUGCAGCUGGUGGAAUUGGCUCCAUAAUUGCAGAAUUGAUAGUACAUGGUGUUCCUCCCCUGGAUGCUUAUGACCUUGAUACUCUUCGCUUUCUCCCUGCCCACAACAACAUAAAAUUCUUGGCCGACCGUGUACGAGAGGUUCCUGGAAUUCACUACAGUAUUGCUUAUCCAUUUGCGGACUUCACUACAGGAAGGUGUUUACGUAUGUCCCCAAUAUUCCCUAAACUUAAGGCUGCUGGAGCUGUCUUUGGACAAGUAAUGGGAUACGAACGCCCCAGUUACUUUCAACCCAAAGAAAUUGUAGACGCAGAAGAUUAUUCUGGUGAUAGUGAUAAUUCUGCACCAUUCCAUAUGGCUGUUACCAAGACUUGGACAAAACCUCUUUGGUUUCAUUAUGCUGCUGAUGAAUAUGCAGCCUGCAGAGAGCGUGUAGCCAUUUUAGAUUAUUCUUCUUUUGCAAAGUAUGAUGUGUGGUCAAAAGGAAGUGAAGUAGUACAAGCUAUGCAGUAUCUGUGUAGUAAUGAUGUUGAUAUACCAGUUGGGGGUAUUAUACACACUGGGAUGCAAAAUUCAUGUGGAGGGUAUGAGAAUGACUGUUCAUUAGCUCGUAUUGCUCCCAACCACUACAUGAUGAUAGCACCUACUAUCCAGCAGACUCGAUGUGGCACUUGGUUAAAGCGUAACCUCCCUGCUGACGGUUCAGUGGUCAUGAGUGAUGUAACAUCCAUGUAUACUGCCAUAUGCAUUAUGGUUAUUGUUUACCGGAGAUAUCUACACUACAGCUCCAUAUUGUGGUCUAUUCUGCAAGUAAAAUUUAAAAAAAAUAACACCAUUGUUGUACUGUGCUACAUUUACUUUAUUUCAUUUUAUAUUUCUACUCCUGUUUCAUUUUCAUCUGUUUGACUUAAAUACAGGUAUCCCUCACUAUACGAACGUUCGAGAUACGAUAAUUCACUUAAACGAAUUGCCUAAAUUACUGCCUCUUUUUCAUGUUACAAAAGCGUCCCCCAUUUAUACAAAUUUGGGUCCUGACAAAAAUUCUAAUCGCGCUCCCCCAGGAGUCAGCUGGGGUUAGCCAUAUCCUCCCAGCACUCUCCCUACCAGGCUGAGAAUGGAGUUAUAUUAUGGAUUAUUUUCAACUUGUAAUUUCUGGUAUAUACACAAAACUUUUUUUUCUCUCCUUUUUUAAGUUACUUGCACAAAUAAACCUACAUACAGAAUGUCAGAAUGUGCAAAAAAAUAAAACAAUAAUUAUCAUACGGUAAAGAACAUAAAGGUAUUAAACAUUUCUUUGUGUACCAGCGAGAGUUAGCAGCACUAUGAGCUGGGGGGAGUUAUGUUACCAUUUUUCAACUCAUAAUUUCAGAUAGAUAAAAAUUAACUUUCUUGAAUAUUUUACUCAGUAAAACACACAGAAUCCUAUAUACAUAAUGUGCAAAAACAAAGUAAAAGAAAUAACUAUCAUAAGGUCAAAAACAUAAAGGGAAUAAACAUUUCUUUGUGUGUAGAGCAGAGAUGGAGCAUUGCUAAUGGUCGGCAGAGGCGGCCGGGCUGCAUUGCUAUGGCAACGCUUUAGGGCAGCCAGCAUAUAUGCAAAUGGUUCCACUAGCAGAUAUGAUAAACUUUGAUUUAGAUUUUAUUCAAAAGUUGUGUGUUAUUUGUCUUCAAUUAGGUAGGGAUUUUUUCUUAUUUGUUAACCGAUUUUGUGUUUUGGUGGCAUUUUUCUUUUGGGGAACCAAACUCAAUUUUUCCCAUUUGUUCUGUUAUUCAAGAUAUGGAAAUUCACUUAAUGAUUUUUCUUUUUACCUAACCCAUUCAUAUAUCGAGGGAUACCUGUACACAACAACAGCUUAGUUUAGUUGCACAAAACCUAUACCAACCUGAAUUACUCAUUACCAUCUUUGUUUUACUGAUGUUAUUUAGUUUUGCCUGUCAGGAGACAUUCUAAUGAUAAAGACUGACCACAAAGUAAGAAGGGAUUAAAAUAAGAGGGUGAGCAGAAAACUGAAUGUAAUAAUGGAAAGAGGAUAACUCAUUUUUGAAAUAUAAGAAACCUUACUUUCACACAUGAACUAGAAUGAAUACACAAGUGAUAUUAUUCUUUCUGCCAUUGUGCAAAUUAACUUUGGGUACAAGUCAGCCCUCUCUUUGGACCACGUCACACGAGCAUUUAUGUCCUGCGCUGAAGAAGGCAUGUGUUCGUACUGGCAUGUAUUUCACUUGUCAGUUCACCUGCAUCUGACAAAAAUAAUCAAAGGGACUUCCAUCUCCUACCAGAGAUGCACCACCACUGACAUGUGAGAAAAUCAUGCUCCUCUGCAGUACUAUUGCCAUAUGAAAAAUUCUAGAACACUCGGCAUGUUUUAUAAUGCUGCAGUUUGGAAGUACAGUACAGACAUGGAGUGAGCAUCUCCCACAUGUGCUGUGUGUGAACAGUCCCAUUGAACUUCAAUAAUUUCUAAACUUCACGGGAAAAACAUGCUAGUGUGAAGCAGGCCUUAUCUGGCAUUCUAUCAACCAGCAACUCUCACUUAAUGGUGCUAUUAUAGAAAAGGCAUUACCUGACAAACUUCCCAUUUAUUUCAUGAUGCCAUUUCUUUGUAUUUUAUGUACUUAUUGAUUGUUAAGUGUUUUUGUGAGAAAAAAAAAAAGCUCUGGAUAAGGUUAUAACUACUGUAUCCGGUAAGUGAAGUGUGUGGUUUCUUCUUGCUUUCAUGUGCUGUCUCAAUUUAUAAACCAUUAUUAAUUAAUUAUUUAGUUUCAAUAUUGCAUAUACAAGUACUAAGUAAAUACCUGUAGUUUGAAGCAUAAUUAUUUAGGGUAGUUAAACAGGGAUGCUUCAUAGACACUAAUGGUGUGUCUUGUUUAUUUUGUAAUCUAGUAACCUUUUGAAUUUGUUUUCAUCCUGUUCUGUUCUUCUGUUCCAAGUGCCUUCAGUCAGGUUGUGUAAUGAUAGAGUCUGAUUUUAGGUUUUGUGUGUGUUGACUGGAUUGUCACUCUUCUUUGGGAGUCAAACUAAAUAUUUAGUAGCACUUACACUACUGGCUAAGUAUGGCCUGUAAUAAGUAAAGCAUUUGAUAAUUCACACUAAAUUACAGUAAUGACUAGGUUUCUUGUUGUUGGAUGCUAUAAAAAAUAUACCGUAUA